UUUAAAGCAGGCAAAUAAUAAUCAUUUCUCGUGAAAGAAACCUAUGUAUUUGUUUCGCUCGUCGGCGGCCGAUCGUCGACUUUCCGUGAGAAAAUACAUGAAUUAAUUAAUGCUAGAGAUUAAUUUCAGAUUUUUUACUCCUCAUCAACCGAAUUUUCUGUCGGAAAAAUACGUGAUAAGCUGAGUCAUGAUGAGCACCUUUUAGGUCUCUUUAGAGCAAAAAAUGAAAAUGCCUAAAUAAAUGGUGAAGAGCCCUGGAUUUAAGGCGCAUCUACCCUACCGCGUGGUUUUGAAGCCUCAGUUUUGCAUUUCGUCUUUCACCCGUCAGGCAGAGUGUGCCCUGAUAUUUGGUACUAACAGAGAUUUUGGCCUCCUAUUUCAUGUUCUCUACAUUUGCAAGCAAAAUGAAUGAUUUGGUAGAUGACACUUAUGACAAAUGACAUGUCAAAAUUUGUGGCACUCAUCAACCAUCCAGAGGUUUGGAAACUGAUCUUUUCUAAGAAUAAACCAACACCUCUGAGCUGGCUGCCGGAAUUAAGUGGCGGCGAGAAAACGUGCGGUCGACUCGAAAAGUGGCAAAAGGUGCUCCUGGAAGAAUUACCUUUGCAAGACUACAGUUUGGGAGAGCUUAGUGUGGUGAAUUGUCGUAUCAAGCAAAAGGAUCAAAUUGAUACUGAAAAAACCUCCAAGCCUGGUAAGGAAAACUAUGAAAACAACAAAGAGGUCUUGAAUGAUCAGCUUCCUACUCUGUGCAGCAAUUAUUUCCACCCUGGUGACAACCUCUACUUCCAAACUGAGAAAGGUCAGUGGGAGGAGGGAAAGGUUGUCUCCGUCAUGCAAUGUAACAACGCUGUAAUGGAUAAUGAUGAAGAGGAGGACAAGUUAACUUACAGAAUCUUAUUUACAAAGAAAAACGAGGAUCUUCUCUUGAGGCUGAAGAAUUUGCUGCCUUGCAGUCCAACUGAAUUUCGAGCAGAUCAGUUGAAGGCAGGCAUGAAGGUGCUGGCUUUUGUGGCUCCACCAGGCCAAGAGGAGGGAUGGCACGAAGUGGACAUCACAACUGUUAGUAGAGCAAGAAAGUUCUCCCAUCCCUCCCAAGUCACUGUUUCCUGCACAAUCCAUGCCAAGGAGCAGCAGUUUGUUGACCAAAAAGUCAUUUACAAACACCGAACCGUUCAGUUCCCAAAAUUGGUGACAAGAGAUGAGUGGAGGAAAUUUGAAGAUCACUUCUCGUUACUGGAUCCAUGCAAAUUCUGCAAAGGAAGUCCAGGGAAAAAAUGCAAAAAAUGCUAUUGCAUAUUGUGUGUGGAGAUAAAGGGAAGGAAGAAAGUCAGCUGAUGUGUGACGAGUGCGACAGUGCAUUCCACAUGCACUGUCUCGUUCCUCCAUUGAAGGAAAUCCCCAAAAAUGAUUGGUACUGUCCGAGUUGUGUCAAUGUUGAUGCUGCAACAAUUAAACGGCAAAAGGAAGCAAGAAAACUGCAGUUGAGAAAAAGGGGCAGCUCUGAGGAAGCAAGUUCAGCUUGUUUGGUACCUGAAGGAAAGAUUCCUGGUA